AUGCUACCAACAGCUGUCAGGUUUACAGUACGCGCCAUGUCCACUAAGAGAAAGCAAGUUACUAUUGAAGAGUUUUUCUCGAAACAGAAGAAGAGUAAGGUCAGUACGGUCAAGAAGGAGGAGCCUAAGCUACCUAAGGAAGCGAGUAUUGAAGGCGAUACCGUGGUAGAAACAGAGACUGAAGAUUCAGCAGUGGUGAAAGAAGAAUCUAUCGGUGUUUCGGACGCGAAGAAGAAAUUCCAAGAGAGUUUAAGCUCGCUAUUGAAGGAAACGUUGAAGUUGGAAAUUGACACUAUCGAGGAUUCAUGGUUUGCGCAACUAUCAUCCGAGUUUAAGCAACCUUAUUUCAUCAAAUUGAAACAGUUUGUGAAUAAAGAGCAGGCCACACAAACUAUUUUCCCACCAGCAAACGAUAUAUAUUCAUGGACGCGAUUGACUCCAUUCGAUAAGGUACGCGUAGUAAUUAUAGGACAGGAUCCGUAUCACAAUUUUAACCAGGCACAUGGAUUAGCGUUCAGUGUGCGUGCACCUACGCCUGCGCCACCCUCUUUAAAGAACAUAUACAAAGAAUUACAAAAUAAUUAUCCUGACUUCAAGAGUGAUAACAAGAUUGGAGAUCUUACCCCAUGGGCCAAGCAAGGUGUGUUACUUCUCAACACUGCAUUGACCGUUAGGGCACACAAUGCUGCAUCUCAUUCAAAGCAAGGCUGGGAGACUUUCACUAGACGUGCACUUGAAGCGCUGGUGCAUGAUAGAGAGAAAGAUGGCAAGAGCCUGGUAUUUUUAUGCUGGGGAUCAAAUGCCAUCAAGAUAGCGGAGUCUUUACUGAGUUCAACACACAAUAAGAAAAAUAUAAAAAUGUUUAAAUCAGUACAUCCCUCACCACUAAGUGCAAGUAGAGGGUUCUUUGGCAAUAAUCACUUCAAACAGAUAAAUGACUGGUUAUAUAAUGAAAGACAUGAGAAAAUGAUUGACUGGAGUGUUGUGCCAUCGUGUUCACUUAAAGAAGUGACAGACGCUAAUGCCAAAUUAUGA